AUGUUUAUAUCACACGAGUUACAUUGUUAUUUGCCACAAGUUGGCCUCGGUUUCUUCGACGGCGGCGACUCUACUGCUGCUGGCAUAGAUUAUUAUAAAAGUGUGCCAAAAUCCGCCCUCGACUUCUUACCAAAUUCCGCCCUCGACCUUCCUUUAGAUCCUGCCCUUGCCCUUCCUUCAAAUCCCGCCCUCGCCCUUCUUACAAAUUCCGCCCUCGACCUUCCUUUAGAUCCUGCCCUUGCCCUUCCUUCAAAUCCCGCCCUCGCCCUUCUUACAAAUUCCGCCCUCGACCUUCCUUUAGAUCCUGCCCUUGCCCUUCCUUCAAAUCCCGCCCUCGACCUUCUUAACAAAAUUCGCCCUCCCCUUGCCCCUUCCUUCAAAUCCCGCCCUGACCCUUCCUUAGAUCCUCCCUUGCCCUUCCUUCAAUCCCGCCCUCGACCUUCCUUCAAUCCUCCCUUGCCCUUCCUUCAAUCCCGCCUCGCCUCCUUCGAUCCUGCCCUUGCCCUUCCUUCCAAUCCCGCCCUCGAACCUUCUUCAGAUCCGCCCUUGCCCUUCCUUCAAAGCACCGCCGCCCAAACCUAUUCCUUAGAUCCUGCCCUUCCCUUCUUCAAAUCCCGCCCUCGACCUUCCUUCAGACCUGGCCCUUGCCCUUCUUCAAAUCCCGCCCUCGACCUUCCUUCAGAUUCUGCCCUGACCUUCCUUUCAGAUCCGCCCGAAACCCCUCCUUCCUUCAGAUCCUGCCCUUGCCCUUCCUUCAAAUCCCGCCCUCGACCUUCCUUCAGAUCCUGCCCUUGCCUUCCUUCAAAUCCCGCCCUCGACCUUCCUUCAGAUCCUGCCCUUGCCCUUCCUUCAAAUCCCGCCCUCGACCUUCCUUCAGAUCCUGCCCUUGCCCUUCCUUCAAAUCCCGCCCUCGACCUUCCUUCAGAUCCUGCCCUUGCCCUUCCUUCAAUCCCGCCCUCGACUUCCUUCAGAUCCUGCCUUGCCCUUCCUCAAAUCCCGCCCCGACCUUCCUUCAGACCAAAAUCCCGCCCUGCAUUCCUUCAAAUCACCGCCCUCGACCUUCCUUCAGAUCCUGCCCUUGCCUUCCUUCAAAUCCGCCCUCGACCUUCCUUCAGAUCCUCCCUGCCCUUUCCUUCAAAUCCCGCCCUCGACCUUACCUCAAGAUCCCUGCCCUUGCCCUUCCUUCAAAUCCCGCCUCGACCUUCCUUAGAUCUGCCCUUGCCCUUCCUUCAAAUCCCGCCCGACCUUCCUUCAUACCUGCCCUUGCCCUUCCUUCUACCCGCCCCUGACCUUCCUUCAGAUCCUGCCCUUGCCCUUCCUUCAAAUCCCGCCCUCGACCUUCCUUCAGAUCCUGCCCUUGCCCUUCCUUCAAAUCCCGCCCUCGACCUUCCUUCAGAUCCUGCCCUUGCCCUCCCUUCAAAUCCCGCCCUCGACUUCCUCAGAUCCUAUCCUGCCCUUGCCCUUCCUUCAAAUCCCGCCCUCGACUUCCUUUCAGAUCCUGCCCUUGCCCUUCCUUCAAAUCCCGCCCUCGACCUUCCUUCAGAUCCUGCCCUUGCCCUUCCUUCAAAUCCCGCCCUCGACCUUCCUUCAGAUCCUGCCCUUGACCCCUUCCUUCAAAUCAAACCGCCCUCGACCUUCUCAGAUCCUGCCCUUGCCCUUCCUUCAAAUUCCCGCCCUCGACCCUCCUUCAGAUCCUGCCCUUGCCCUUCCUUCAAAUCCCGCCCUUCGACCUUCCUUAGAUCCUGCCCUUGCCCUUCCUUCAAUCCCGCCCUCGACCUUCCUUCAGAUCCUGCCCUUGCCCUUCCUUCAAAUCCCGCCCUCGACCUUCCUUCAGAUCCUGCCCUUGCCCUUCCUUCAAAUCCCGCCCUCGACCUUCCUUUAGAUCCUUGCCCUUGGCCCUUCCUCAAAAUCCCGCCCUCGACCUUCCUUUUAGAUCCUGCCCUUGCCUUCCUUCAAAUCCCGCCUCGACCUUCCUUCAGAUCUGCCCUUGCCCUUCCUUCAAAUCCCGCCCUCGACCUUCCUUUAGAUCCUGCCCUUGCCCUUCCUUCAAAUCCCGCCCUCGACCUUCCUUUAGAUCCUGCCCUUGCCCUUCCUUCAAAUCCCGCCCUCGACCUUCCUUUAGAUCCUGCCCUUGCCCUUCCUUCAAAUCCCGCCCUCGACCUUCCUUUAGAUCCUGCCCUUGCCCUUCCUUCAAAUCCCGCCCUCGACCUUCCUUUAGAUCCUGCCCUGCCCUUCCCUCAAAUCCCUGCCCUCGACCUUCCUUUAGAUCCUGCCCUUGCCCUUCCUUCAAAUCCCGCCCUCGACCUUCCUUUAGAUCCUGCCCUUGCCCUUCCUUCAAAUCCCGCCCUCGACCUUCUUACAAAUUCCGCCCUCGCCCUUUUUUUUUCUUACAAAUUCCCCCUCCCGCCCCUCGACCUUCCUUUAGAUCCUGCCCUUGCCCUUCCUUCAAUCCCGGGGCCCCCCUCGACCUUCCUUUAG